AAGUUUGUGCUAACACUCCCGUAUGCCCUUUUCUUGUUUCAGUGUGUGAAUGUUUGAAUUUUUGUCCUCCAUUCACUUCUCUUUUUCCAUCUCUGAUUAUUUCCUGGGUUUUGUCAGUGCUUUUCUUACUCAAGAUCAAGAAAGAGUUGGAUGGCUUGAAAGUUUGAAUGCUUGGACAAUUCCUCUGCACUUUCGUUUUUCUUUUCAUAAUUUUCAUUGUUUUUUUGUUCUGCUUUCAGUACGAUUGCUAAAACAUGAUAUAGCUAUAAUCUCUGCCACUUCUUUCUAGAUGUCAUCCUGAGGUGCAACGUUGGUCUUCAUAAUCAUACUAUUAUUCUGCAGCUUCUUUCUUGAUCUGGAGGUUUGCAGGUUUUGGAUACGGAUAUGGAUUCUUCUUCUUCUUCUUCUGUUCCUUUUUCUGCUCCUCUUCAAGAAAAGUACGAUGUGUUUCUUAGUUUCAGAGGUGAAGACACACGCGAUACUUUUACCAGCCAUCUUCACAAGGAUUUACUUCGGAAGAACAUUGACACCUACAUAGAUCGCAGGCUCGAGAGAGGAGAUGAAAUUGCUCCUGCCCUUCUAAAAGCAAUCGAGAGAUCGAAAAUUGCACUAGUAAUUUUCUCAAAAGACUAUGCUUCUUCCACAUGGUGUUUGAAAGAACUUGUGCAUAUACUUGGAUGCAAGAAAAGCCAUGGACAGAUUGUUAUACCCAUUUUUUAUCGCAUAGAUCCAUCACAUGUACGAAAACAGCGGGGAACUUGUGCACUUGAAGAUCGUCCACUUAAGCGCAGUAGGGAUGAGGUGGCCAACUGGAGGGCUGCUUUGGAGGAAGCAGCCAAUAUGUCUGGGUUUCAUUAUUCCAGCAAAACAGGGACAGAGGCCGAUUUUGUUGAGGAAGUUGUCCAAGAUGUUUUGACCAAAUUGAAUCGGGAAUCAUCAAGUGAUUUGAGGGGCCUGUUUGGAAUUCAAAGGAAAAUUGAGAAAAUUGAGUCGUUAUUAUGCUUGGAUUCACCAGGUGUUUGCUGUGUAGGUAUUUGGGGCAUGGGUGGUAUUGGCAAGACUACCCUUGCUGAUGCUGUAUUUCACAGGCAGUGGCAGUCCUCAAAAUUUGAAGCUGCUUGUUUUCUCGCAAAUGUCAGGGAGAAAUCCGAAAAAACGGAUGGACUAAAUGAGUUGCGAAAUACACUUGUUCGUGAAUUAUUGAAGGAUAAAGAUGUAAAUAUCAACACUCCGUCUAUUCCACCUCAUAUUCAAGAUAGGCUCAGGCGUACAAAGGCGUUCAUUGUUCUUGAUGACGUGAAUGCUCGAGAACACCUAGACGUUCUUGUUGGUGAUGAUGAUCGGUUUUGCCAAGGAAGUCGAAUCAUGGUAACUGCUAGAGAUAAAGGCCUGCUUGAGCAAAAAAUUGACCAUGAAAAGAUAUACAAUGUUGAGGGAUUAGGUUCUGAUGAAGCUCUUGAGCUCUUUCACUCGCAUGCUUUUGGAAAUAAGUCCCCAACAACAGAUUACACCGAGUUGUCAAGAGAGGUGGUGGAUUAUAUUAAGGGCAUUCCAUUAGCUCUUAAAGUUAUGGGGUCCUCAUUCCGUCGUUGCAAGAGCAAACAAGAGUGGGAAGUUCAAUGGAAAAAAGUGAAACGAGUUCCAAUCGGAGAAAUCCAGAAAGUGUUGAGAGUAAGUUACGAUGGAUUAGAUGACAAUGAGAAGGAGAUAUUUCUUGAUAUAGCAUGUUUUCAUAAAGGCUGUGAGAGGAAUGAUGUAGAAAGAAUGUUAGAUGGUUGUGAUUUCUUUGGGGAAGCGGGAAUCAAUGACCUUAUUGAUAGGUCUCUCAUAUCAAUUUCAAAAGAAAGAUGGUCAAAAGGGCAGAUAGAGAUGCAUGAUUUGGUGCAAGAAAUGGGUAGGGCAAUUGCUCGAGAACAACACAGUAGGUUGUUCAUUGCAGAGGAUGUCUAUCAAGUAUUGAUAAAUGACCAGGGAGAUGGACAUGUACAAGCAAUAUCCUUUGACUUGUAUGAGAUUGAAAAGCUACACUUGGAGUUGGAACAUGCAAACUUCAAAAAGAUGUAUCAACUGAGAUUCUUGCAUGUCAGUCCUUUUCUUCAAUCAAUUGUUUCUCUUGAUCUUCCCAAUUCUCUUAGAUUUCUUGCAUGGAACGGUUAUCCUUUGAAAUCUUUGCCAUCAAAAUUUUCUGCUCAAAACCUUAUUGUCCUUGAUAUGUCAUUCAACAAAGUUAGGGGGCAACUUUGGAAUGAAGACCAGAGUCCUAUGAACUUAAGAUGGAUGAAUCUUAGUUUAUCCAGACAUCUAACUGAAGUCCCAAAUAUCUCUCGGAGUCUAAAUAUUGAGCAUAUCUAUCUGUUUGGUUGUGAAAGAUUGGUUGAAAUUCCUUCGUAUUUUCAAUAUCUUAGCAAGCUCACUUAUCUUCACCUUUCGAUGUGCUACAAGCUCAAAAAUCUUCCCGAGAUGCCAUGCAGUCUUGAAUUCUUAGAUUUGUCUAGGACAGCAAUAGAGGAAUUGCCUUCAUCAGUUUGGUCUAACGAAAAAAUAUCUCACUUAGAUAUUAGAUAUUGUGGACACCUUAAGAGUCUUCCAAGCAACAAUUGUAAGCUGAAACUCUCGAAUUCUUUUAGUCUAAAGGGCUGCAAAUCUCUUUGCGAGAUGUGGGAGCUUCCCAGGAAUACAACAGUGCUAGAGUUGAGUGGUACAACAAUAAAAGAAUUGAGGAAUACAUCAAUAGAGUCUGUUGUUGGUCUCACUGCAAUUAAACUGAUCAAUUGCAAAAGCCUUGUGAGUCUUCCAACGAACAUUUGGAAGUUGAAAUCUCUGGAGAGCCUUGAUCUCAGUGGUUGCUCUAAAUUUCAACACUUCCCAGAAAUCUCGGAGGCUAUGAAACAUCUGGAGUUUCUAAAUUUAUCAGGUACAAUGGUGAAAGAGGUACCCCCAUCAAUUGGAAAUCUAGUUGCGCUUCGAAAAUUAGAUCUCGGUGAUUGCAAGUACCUUGAGGUUGUCCAAGAUUACCUCUUUCGCUUAACCUCAUUACAAAAGUUAGAUCUGAGUAGCACCAAAAUUAAGAGCUUACCCGCAAGCAUCAAACAAGCUUCUCAACUGUCUCGGCUGUGCCUCAAUGAUUGCAAUAGCCUUGAAUAUUUACCAGAGCUCCCCCCAUUGCUGCAAUGUCUUAAAGCAAAUGGUUGCACAUCACUGAAGACUGUGUCAAGUUCAAGCACUGCACUCGCACAAGGUUGGGAAAAAUAUAUAUUUUCUCAAGGGCAUGAGAAACAUAUAUUUUCUGAUUGCAGAAGAUUGGAUGAGAAUGCACGAAGCAACAUAAUGGGUGAUGCACACCUCAGAAUUAUGCGAAUGGCAACUGCGUCGUCAAAGUUUAAAGAAGACGAAAUUGAGGAAUCUUUACGCAAGAGAUCUUUUGUUGCCAUUAGAUGUUGCGGGAAUGAAAUUCCAAAAUGGUUCAGCCAUAAAAGUGAGGGAUGUUCAAUAAAGAUUGAGCUUCCUGGUGAUUGGUUUAGCACAGAUUUCUUGGGUUUCGCUCUAUCUAUUGUUGUUGCAAAGGACGGAUUCUCUCCUCAUGCGAUUUCCAGCAUUGAAUGCAAGUACAACUUCAAAACUAGUAAUGGUGAAAGCCAUGAAGUCAGCCAUCAUUUGUGUGAUCUGCGAACGAAUGUUAGACGCAGAGAUUCACAUGAGGUGUUUGUGUGGUGGUAUAGUAAUGUCUUUGAAGAAGUUGUGGAGGGGGCUCAAAGCCCCACUGCGUUUUACAAACUUGUUACUGAGGUCAAUGUUGACUUCAUCGUACGAUGUGAAUAUGAAGACGAAAGCAAUUUGCGGUGGGAGAAUGCGGUGCAGCUGGACCUGGAGAUGGAGGGGGAGGUGAAAAAGUGUGGGAUAUGUCUCUUGUAUGGCAAAGAUGCUGAGAUGAUAAUGCAGAGGGCUUUGUAGAUCAAGCCAAUAUCCCUAAAUUCUAAAUUUCAUUUUAUUUGAGCUGUUUGCAAGACUUGUGACUGAGGAUGUUUUUGAGUUUGUUAGGCUGAGGGAUGUCUUUCUUGUUUUAACCAAGCUUUUUGGCUGAGGAUGCUUUUAAAUGCAACUGCUGUGCUUCCACUAGA